AUGGUGACUGGCGGUGGUGCAGCACUUCCCGGGACUGUCACUGAGCCGCUUCCCAGUGUGAUUGUGCUGAGCGCAGGCCGGAAGAUGGCGGCUGCGGCUGCGGCGGCCUCGGGCCCGGGCUGCUCCUCGGCGGGGGCGGGGGCGGCCGGGGUCUCGGAGUGGCUGGUGCUGCGGGACGGCUGCAUGCGCUGCGACGCCGACGGGCUGCACAGCCUCUCCUACCACCCAGCGCUCAACGCCAUCCUGGCCGUCACCAGCCGCGGGACCAUCAAAGUCAUCGACGGCACCUCGGGGGCCACCCUACAGGCCUCGGCGCUCAGCGCUAAACCAGGUGGACAGGUGAAAUGUCAGUAUAUUUCUGCUGUGGAUAAAGUUAUAUUUGUGGAUGAUUAUGCAGUAGGAUGUAGGAAGGACCUUAAUGGAAUCUUGUUGUUAGACACUGCUCUGCAAACUCCAGUUUCAAAGCAGGAUGAUGUGGUUCAGCUUGAAUUACCUGUUACAGAGGCACAGCAACUCUUAUCAGCAUGUUUAGAAAAGGUAGAUAUUUCUAGUAUGGAGGGUUAUGAUUUGUUCAUCACACAGCUCAAAGAUGGUUUAAAAAAUACAUCUCAUGAGACUGCCGCAAACCACAAAGUUGCUAAGUGGGCCACAGUUACAUUUCAUCUUCCUCAUCAUGUGUUGAAGUCCAUUGCCAGUGCCAUUGUAAAUGAACUCAAGAAAAUAAAUCAAAAUGUUGCUGCCUUACCUGUGGCGUCCUCAGUGAUGGACAGAUUGUCUUACCUCUUACCUAGUGCACGUCCAGAACUUGGAGUGGGGCCAGGCCGUUCUGUAGACAGAUCAUUGAUGUAUAGUGAAGCUAACAGACGGGAGACAUUUACCUCAUGGCCUCAUGUAGGCUAUCGGUGGGCACAACCGGAUCCCAUGGCUCAAGCUGGAUUUUAUCAUCAGCCUGCCUCAUCUGGAGAUGAUAGAGCCAUGUGUUUUACUUGUAGUGUAUGUCUCGUUUGUUGGGAACCAACUGAUGAACCUUGGUCUGAACACGAGAGACAUUCCCCAAACUGCCCAUUUGUGAAAGGUGAGCACACACAGAAUGUGCCAUUGUCAGUCACUCUUGCAACAAGUCCUGCACAGUUUCCUUGCACGGAUGGAACCGACAGAAUAUCUUGCUUUGGGUCGGGGAGCUGCCCUCAUUUCCUAGCUGCUGCAACUAAACGAGGAAAGAUCUGCAUAUGGGAUGUUUCCAAACUUAUGAAGGUGCACUUAAAGUUUGAAAUUAAUGCCUAUGAUCCAGCAAUUGUACAACAGCUUAUUCUAUCUGGAGAACCGAGCUCAGGAGUUGAUUCAAGGAGACCAACUUUGGCAUGGCUGGAGGACUCUUCUAGUUGCUCAGAUAUACCCAAAUUGGAAGGAGAUAGUGAUGAUUUACUGGAAGAUUCAGACAGUGAAGAGCAUUCCAGAUCAGAUUCUGUGACAGGGCAUACAUCACAGAAGGAAGCCAUGGAAAUAAGCCUUGAUAUAACAGCUCUCAGCAUUCUCCAACAGCCGGAAAAACUCCAGUGGGAGAUUGUUGCAAAUGUGCUUGAAGAUACUGUUAAAGAUCUUGAAGAACUUGGGGCAAAUCCUUGCUUAACAAACUCUAAGAGUGAAAAGACAAAGGAAAAGCACCAGGAACAACACAACAUUCCCUUUCCAUGUUUAUUAGCUGGAGGUUUAUUAACAUAUAAAUCUCCUGCUACCUCACCCAUUAGUAGUAAUUCUCACAGGUCACUGGAUGGUUUAAGCAGAACUCAGGGUGAAAGUAUAUCAGAACAAGGGUCAACUGACAAUGAAUCCUGCACUAAUUCAGAGCUAAAUUCUCCUCUGGUAAGGAGGACUUUACCUGUUUUACUUCUUUAUAGCAUCAAGGAAUCUGAUGAAAAAGCAGGAAAAAUCUUUUCACAGAUGAACAAUAUUAUGAGUAAAAGUUUGCAUGAUGAUGGUUUUACUGUUCCACAGAUUAUUGAAAUGGAACUGGAUAGUCAGGAGCAGUUGUUGUUGCAGGAUCCUCCUGUGACGUACAUUCAGCAAUUUGCAGAUGCAGCAGCCAACCUUACCUCUCCAGAUUCUGAGAAGUGGAACUCUGUGUUUCCCAAGCCUGGGACUUUGGUUCAGUGCUUGAGGCUGCCAAAGUUUGCAGAGGAGGAGAAUCUUUGUAUAGACUCAAUAACUCCUUGUGCUGAUGGAAUUCAUUUGUUGGUAGGACUGCGGACAUGCCCUAUUGAAUCCUUGAGUGCAAUAAAUCAAGUAGAGGCCUUGAAUAAUUUAAAUAAAUUAAACUCUGCACUAUGUAAUCGACGGAAAGGUGAGCUAGAAUCAAAUCUUGCUGUAGUGAAUGGUGCAAAUAUUAGUGUAAUCCAACAUGAAUCACCAGCAGAUGUACAGACUCCUUUGAUAAUUCAGCCUGAGCAGAGGAGUAUUAGUGGUGGAUAUCUAGUUCUUUAUAAAAUGAAUUAUGCCACUCGGAUAGUGACUUUAGAAGAGGAGCCAAUAAAAAUCCAACAUAUCAAAGAUCCCCAGGACACGAUUACCUCACUCAUUUUGCUUCCACCAGAUAUACUGGAUAAUCGGGAGGAUGACUGUGAGGAACCUGUUGAGGAAAUGCAGUUAACCUCAAAGAAUGGCAUUGAGAGAGAAAAAAUGUCUGAUAUUUCUACUCUUGGACACCUGGUAAUAACCACUCAGGGAGGAUUUGUAAAAAUAUUAGAUCUUUCAAACUUUGAAAUUUUGGCCAAAGUGGAGCCUCCCAAAAAGGAGGGUACUGAGGAACAGGACACAUUUGUUUCUGUCAUUUACUGCUCUGGCACAGACAGGCUAUGUGCAUGCACCAAAGGUGGUGAGCUUCAUUUUCUCCAAAUUGGAGGAACCUGUGAUGAUAUUGAUGAAGCUGAUAUACUAGUGGAUGGAUCUCUUUCUAAAGGAAUAGAACCAUCUUCAGAAGGUUCCAAACCUCUAUCAAAUCCUUCAAGUCCUGGCAUUUCAGGAGUUGAGUUAUUGGUGGACCAGCCAUUCACCCUUGAAAUCUUGACAUCUCUAGUGGAGCUAACCCGCUUUGAGACUUUGACUCCACGGUUUUCAGCAACUGUUCCUCCAUGCUGGGUAGAAGUUCAGCAAGAACAGCAGCAAAGGCGGCAUCCUCAACAUUUGCAUCAGCAACACCAUGGAGAUGCUGCUCAACAUACUAGAACUUGGAAACUACAGACUGACAGCAACAGCUGGGAUGAACAUGUAUUCGAAUUGGUACUACCCAAAGCUUGCAUGGUUGGACAUGUGGACUUCAAAUUUGUUUUGAACUCAAACAUCACCAGUAUUCCACAGAUACAAGUGACACUGCUGAAAAAUAAAGCUCCUGGCUUAGGGAAAGUCAAUGCUCUUAACAUUGAAGUGGAACAAAAUGGGAAACCGUCCCUGAUUGAUUUGAAUGAAGAAAUGCAGCACAUGGAUGUAGAGGAAUCACAGUGUCUUAGAUUAUGUCCAUUUUUAGAAGAUCAUAAAGAAGACAUUCUGUGUGGGCCAGUGUGGCUUGCUAGUGGCCUUGAUCUAUCAGGGCAUGCUGGGAUGCUGACGCUGACAAGCCCCAAACUUGUUAAAGGUAUGGCGGGAGGAAAAUAUCGUUCGUUUUUAAUCCAUGUCAAGGCAGUGAAUGAAAGAGGAACAGACGAGAUUUGUAAUGGUGGUAUACGUCCUGUAGUAAGACUUCCAUCCCUAAAACACCAUAGUAACAAAGGUUACUCACUUGCUUCACUCUUGGCAAAAGUUGCAGCAGGCAAGGAAAAAUCAUCUAAUGUUAAGAAUGAAAAUACAAGUGGCACACGUAAAUCUGAAAACCUCCGGGGCUGUGACUUACUUCAAGAGGUCUCAGUCACCAUUCGAAGGUUUAAGAAAACUUCAAUUUCUAAGGAAAGAGUGCAACGAUGUGCCAUGUUACAGUUUUCAGAAUUUCAUGAGAAGCUUCUUAACACUCUCUGUAGAAAAGUAGAUGAUGGCCAAAUCACAGAACAUGCCCAGAGCCUUGUGUUGGAUACUCUCUGUUGGUUAGCUGGAGUACAUUCAAAUGGACCUGGAAGUUCAAAGGAAGGAAAUGAGAGUCUACUUUCAAAAACACGAAAAUGUCUUUCAGACAUCGUACGCGUUUGCUUCUUUGAGGCAGGACGAAGUAUAGCCCAUAAGUGUGCCCGAUUUCUAGCCUUGUGCAUUAGUAAUGGCAAGUGUGACCCAUGUCAACCAGGAUUUGGAUCUGUUUUGUUGAAGGCCUUACUUGAUAAUAUGUCAUUUUUACCUGCAGCAGCAACUGGUGGUUCUGUCUAUUGGUAUUUUGUCUUACUGAAUUACGUUAAAGAUGAAGAUUUAGCUGGGUGCAGUACAGCUUGUGCAUCUUUGCUUACUGCCGUGUCCAGACAGUUACAGCACAGGCUAACACCACUGGAGGCUUUACUACAAACAAGAUAUGGAUUGUAUAGCUCACCAUUUGAUCCAGUCCUCUUUGAUUUGGAGAUGAGUGGCUCUUCUUGUAAAAAUGUAUAUAACAGCAGCAUUGGUGUCCAGUCAGAUGAAAUUGAUUUAUCAGAAGUCCUUUCAGGAAAUGGGAAGGUCAGUAGUUGCACAGCUGCUGAGGGUAGUUUCACAUCUCUCACUGGACUUCUAGAAGUUGAACCCCUGCACUUUACUUGUGUCUCAACUAGUGAUGGAACCAGAAUAGAAAGGGAUGAUGCAAUGAGUUCCUUUGGGGUUACUCCUGCAGUAGGUGGACUAUCAUCUGGGACAGUUGGGGAAGCCUCGACAGCCCUGACUUCAGCAGCCCAGGUAGCUUUGCAGUCUCUCUCUCAUGCAAUGGCUUCAGCCGAGCAACAGCUACAGGUGCUGCAAGAGAAACAGCAGCAGCUUUUGAAGCUUCAGCAACAGAAAGCAAAGCUGGAAGCCAAGUUACAUCAGACAACAGCUGCAGCAGCUGCUGCAGCAUCAGCAGUUGGUCCUGUUCACAACUCUGUGCCUUCCAACCCAGUGGCUGCCCCUGGAUUCUUCAUUCAUCCAUCUGAUGUUAUUCCACCCACUCCAAAAACAACACCUCUUUUUAUGACUCCACCACUCACUCCACCCAAUGAAGCAGUUUCCGUUGUGAUUAAUGCUGAACUUGCACAGCUUUUCCCAGGCUCCGUCAUUGAUCCUCCAACAGUCAAUCUUGCUGCACAUAACAAAAAUUCCAACAAGUCCAGAAUGAAUCCACUUGGUUCUGGUCUAGCCCUUGCAAUUUCUCAUGCUUCACAUUUUCUUCAACCUCCACCCCACCAGUCCAUUAUUAUAGAGCGAAUGCAUUCAGGGGCAAGGAGAUUUGUGACCUUGGAUUUUGGCAGACCUAUAUUGUUGACAGAUGUAUUAAUUCCCACAUGUGGAGACUUGGCCUCCUUAUCGAUUGACAUUUGGACAUUAGGAGAAGAAGUGGAUGGAAGGCGAUUGGUAGUGGCAACUGAUAUAAGCACCCAUUCACUAAUUCUUCAUGACUUAAUACCACCACCUGUGUGCAGGUUCAUGAAGAUCACUGUCAUUGGACGUUAUGGAAGUACAAAUGCCAGAGCCAAAAUCCCAUUAGGAUUUUACUAUGGUCAUACCUAUAUCUUGCCUUGGGAAAGUGAGCUGAAGUUAAUGCAUGAUCCUCUAAGGGGAGAAGGGGAAUCUGCAAACCAGCCAGAAAUUGACCAGCAUUUAGCAAUGAUGGUUGCUCUGCAGGAGGAUAUACAGUGCAGAUACAAUUUGGCUUGUCAUCGUCUGGAAACUCUUUUGCAAAGUAUCGAUCUUCCUCCUCUCAACAGUGCUAACAACGCACAAUACUUUUUACGAAAACCAGACAAGGCAGUCGAGGAAGACAGUAGAGUUUUUUCUGCUUAUCAAGAUUGUAUUCAGCUACAGCUUCAACUAAAUUUGGCUCAUAAUGCUGUGCAGAGACUCAAAGUAGCUCUAGGUACAAGUCGGAAGAUGUUGAGUGAAACAUCGGAUCCAGAAGAUUUAAUUCAGACGUCUUCAACAGAGCAGUUACGUACUAUCAUCCGAUAUUUAUUGGACACUUUGCUCAGCCUUCUUCACUCUUCUAAUGGACACUCUGUUCCUGCAGUUUUGCAGAGCACAUUUCAUGCCCAGGCCUGUGAAGAGCUCUUUAAACAUUUGUGUAUCAGUGGAACCCCAAAGAUACGAUUACAUACUGGUCUUCUGCUUGUUCAACUCUGUGGUGGUGAAAGAUGGUGGGGUCAGUUUCUCUCUAAUGUUCUUCAGGAAUUGUACAAUUCAGAGCAGCUUCUCAUCUUUCCACAGGAUAGGGUCUUCAUGUUACUUUCCUGCAUUGGUCAAAGAUCUCUUAGUAAUAGCGGAGUAUUAGAAAGCUUACUUAACCUCUUGGAUAAUUUACUGUCACCUCUUCAGCCACAGUUACCCAUGCAUAGAAGGACAGAAGGAGUACUAGAUAUUCCUAUGAUCAGUUGGGUGGUUAUGCUGGUGUCCAGAUUGCUGGAUUAUGUGGCAACUGUUGAAGAUGAAGCAGCAGCUGCAAAGAAACCUUUGAAUGGUAAUCAGUGGAGUUUUAUUAACAACAAUCUGCAUACUCAGAGCUUAAAUAGAUCUUCCAAAGGUAGCAGUAGCCUUGAUAGAUUAUAUUCCAGAAAAAUCAGAAAGCAGCUUGUUCAUCAUAAACAGCAACUUAACCUAUUAAAAGCAAAACAGAAGGCUCUGGUGGAACAGAUGGAAAAAGAAAAAAUACAAAGUAACAAAGGAUCAUCCUAUAAACUCCUGGUGGAGCAAGCAAAACUAAAGCAGGCUACUUCAAAGGUUCUUGCACGCAUUGCCAAUGCCACAAGGCCAACUAUUCAUCUGUGUGAGAUUGUGAAUGAACCCCAGCUGGAAAGACUGCUAUUGCUUUUGGUUGGAACUGACUUCAAUAGAGGAGAUAUAUCUUGGGGUGGUGCUUGGGCUCAGUAUUCCUUAACUUGUAUGCUACAGGAUAUUUUAGCAGGAGAACUGUUGGCUCCAGUAGCUGCAGAAGCCAUGGAGGAAGGAACAGUGGGUGAUGAUGUAGGUGCAACAGCUGGUGACUCUGAUGACUCCCUUCAGCAGUCCUCAGUUCAGUUGCUGGAAACUAUAGAUGAACCUUUGACACAUGAUAUAACAGGUGCACCUCCUCUCUCCUCUUUGGAAAAAGAUAAGGAAAUUGACCUUGAACUACUUCAAGAUCUCAUGGAAGUUGACAUUGAUCCUUUAGAUAUUGAUUUGGAAAAGGAUCCUCUUGCAGCCAAGGUUUUUAAGCCAAUAAGCAGUACAUGGUAUGAUUAUUGGGGUGCUGAUUAUGGUACCUACAAUUACAACCCUUACAUUGGAGGUCUGGGCAUUCCUGUUGCAAAGCCACCAGCAAACACAGAGAAGAAUGGAUCACAGACAGUUAGUGUUUCAGUGUCUCAAGCCCUAGAUGCUUGUCUAGAAGUUGGACUUGAACAGCAAGCAGAACUUAUGUUGAAAAUGAUGUCUACCCUGGAAGCAGAUUCCAUUUUACAGGCAUUAACAAAUACAUCUCCUAUGUCAUCAAUAACUAGCUUUCUCACAGUGUUAGCUUGGUAUCCCAAUACUUUGCUCCGGACCUGGUGCCUUGUGCUUCAUAGCCUAACACUUAUGACAAACAUGCAGCUUAAUUCUGGUUCCAGCAGUGCCAUUGGAACUCAGGAGAGUACUGCUCAUUUGUUGGUUUCAGAUCCAAACCUUAUUCAUGUGUUAGUGAAAUUUCUUUCUGGCACCAGUCCACAUGGAACAAAUCAACACAGUCCACAGGUUGGUCCAACAGCUACACAAGCUAUGCAAGAGUUUCUUACACGAUUACAAGUGCAUCUUUCUUCAACAUGUCCUCAGAUAUUCAGUGAAUUUUUGCUCAAGCUAAUUCACAUACUUUCAACUGAAAGGGGUGCUUUCCAGACAGGCCAAGGACCUCUUGAUGCCCAAGUGAAGCUCUUAGAAUUCACCCUGGAGCAGAAUUUUGAAGUGGUUUCAGUUAGUACCAUUUCUGCUGUGAUCGAAUCUGUCACAUUUUUAGUGCACCACUAUAUCACUUGCUCAGACAAAGUAGUGUCUAGAAGUGGAUCAGAUAGCUCUGUGGGCGCUCGAGCAUGCUUCGGGGGACUAUUUGCCAACCUCAUUCGUCCAGGUGAUGCGAAAGCAGUUUGUGGUGAAAUGACAAGAGAUCAACUUAUGUUUGAUUUGUUAAAACUUGUUAACAUUUUAGUACAGCUGCCUCUUUCAGGCAAUAGGGAAUACAGUGCCAGAGCGUCUGUGACCACCAAUACGACAGAUAGUGUUUCAGAUGAAGAAAAAGUCUCAGGAGGCAAAGACGGCAAUGGAAGCAGUACCAGUAUUCAAGGAUCACCCACAUAUGUUGCCGACUUAGUCUUAGCCAACCAACAGAUUAUGAGCCAGAUUUUAUCUGCUUUGGGCCUGUGUAAUAGCAGUGCCAUGGCAAUGAUAAUUGCAAUGUGUGGAUUCAUUUUCCUUUAUAGUGUAAAAGUACUUUAUUGUAAAGUUCUUAUUGUGACUGAUAGAGGCUCUCUUGCUACUUGCCAGUUAUCCGAGCCAUUAUUGUGGUUCAUUUUGAGAGUGUUGGAUACUAGUGAUGCCUUGAAAGCAUUUCACGAUAUGGGUGGUGUUCAGCUCAUAUGCAACAAUAUGGUUACUAGUACAAGGGCUAUUGUGAACACUGCAAGAAGCAUGGUAUCUACUAUUAUGAAAUUUCUUGAUUCUGGUCCAAAUAAAGCUGUUGACAGCACUUUGAAAACAAGAAUACUAGCUUCUGAGCCCGACAAUGCCGAAGGGAUCCAUAACUUUGCACCCCUGGGUACAAUCACAUCGAGCAGUCCUACUGCCCAACCAGCUGAAGUGCUUUUGCAGGCUACACCUCCACAUAGAAGAGCUCGCUCUGCUGCAUGGUCCUACAUCUUUCUACCAGAGGAGGCUUGGUGCGACCUUACCAUUCACCUUCCUGCAGCAGUGCUUCUUAAAGAGAUACAUAUCCAACCUCACCUUGCAUCUCUUGCAACCUGCCCAUCCUCAGUGUCCGUUGAAGUAAGUGCAGAUGGAGUAAAUAUGCUACCUUUGUCCACUCCUGUUGUCACAAGUGGUCUCACCUAUAUAAAAAUUCAACUUGUGAAAGCCGAAGUGGCUUCUGCUGUCUGCCUUAGACUACAUCGUCCACGAGAUGCCAGCACAUUAGGCCUUUCCCAAAUUAAAUUGUUGGGCCUCACUGCUUUUGGUACCACUUCUUCAGCAACAGUUAAUAAUCCCUUUCUUCCAUCUGAAGAUCAGGUAUCCAAAACAAGUAUUGGAUGGUUACGGUUAUUACAUCAUUGCCUUACUCACAUAAGUGAUCUGGAAGGAAUGAUGGCAAGUGCAGCUGCACCUACUGCUAAUCUGCUACAGACUUGUGCGGCCUUAUUGAUGUCUCCGUACUGUGGAAUGCAUUCACCCAACAUUGAGGUUGUGCUUGUAAAGAUAGGACUGCAGUCCACUAGAAUUGGCCUGAAGCUUAUAGACAUUCUCCUGAGGAAUUGUGCAGCAUCAGGCAGUGAUCCUACAGAUUUAAAUAGCCCUUUACUUUUUGGAAGACUGAAUGGACUUUCUUCUGACUCUACGAUAGAUAUUCUUUACCAGCUUGGAACAACUCAGGAUCCCGGAACAAAAGACAGAAUUCAGGCCUUGUUAAAAUGGGUCAGUGAUUCUGCAAGAGUGGCUGCUAUGAAGAGAAGUGGCAGGAUAAACUACGUGUGCCCUAACUCUUCAGCAAUAGAGUAUGGUCUUCUAAUGCCAUCUCCUUCUCAUUUGCACUGUGUAGCAGCAAUUCUAUGGCAUAGUUAUGAACUGCUUGUAGAGUAUGAUUUACCAGCACUGCUGGACCGAGACCUCUUUGAGUUACUUUUUAAUUGGUCCAUGUCUCUUCCCUGCAAUAUGGUUUUGAAGAAAGCUGUUGACAGUCUACUUUGCUCAAUGUGUCACAUACAUCCCAAUUAUUUUUCUUUGCUCAUGGGCUGGAUGGGAAUUACCCCUCCUCCAGUGCAGUGUCACCACAGACUAUCCAUGACAGAUGAUAGCAAAAAGCAGGAUCUUAGUUCAUCUUUAACAGAUGACUCUAAAAAUGCACAAGCACCUCUCGCACUAACUGAAUCACAUUUGGCAACCCUUGCUUCCUCUUCUCAAUCUCCAGAAGCUAUUAAACAGUUACUAGACUCAGGUUUGCCUUCUCUUCUUGUGAGGAGUCUGGCUAGUUUCUGCUUUAGCCACAUUUCUUACUCAGAUAGCAUUGCUCAGCCAAUAGAUACUUCCCAGGACAAACUCAGGCGGCAUCAUGUUGCACAACAAUGUAAUAAGAUGCCUAUCACAGCAGACCUGGUUGCUCCUAUUCUUAGGUUUUUGACAGAGGUUGGCAAUAGCCACAUUAUGAAAGACUGGCUUGGUGGUUCUGAAGUCAACCCACUAUGGACGGCACUUCUGUUUUUAUUGUGUCACUCUGGGUCCACUUCUGGAGGACAUAAUUUAGGUGCACAACAGACUAGUGCAAGAUCAGCUUCUCUUUCUUCAGCUGCUACAACAGGAUUGACUACUCAACAGCGCACAGCAAUUGAGAAUGCAACUGUUGCAUUCUUUCUGCAAUGCAUUUCAUGCCACCCUAAUAAUCAAAAGCUGAUGGCACAGGUUCUGUGUGAACUAUUUCAGACAUCUCCUCAAAGAGGGAACCUUCCAACAUCUGGUAACAUUUCAGGAUUUAUACGAAGAUUAUUUUUACAGUUGAUGCUGGAAGAUGAGAAAGUGACAAUGUUUCUUCAGUCUCCCUGUCCACUGUACAAAGGAAGAAUUAAUGCUACUAGCCAUGUCAUCCAACAUCCAAUGUAUGGAGCAGGCCAUAAGUUCCGUACUCUGCAUUUGCCAGUCUCGACAACAUUAUCAGAUGUUCUUGACAGAGUGUCAGAUACUCCGAGUAUCACAGCUAAACUAAUUAGUGAACAGAAAGAUGACAAAGAAAAGAAGAACCAUGAAGAGAAAGAAAAAGUUAAGGCAGAAAAUGGAUUUCAGGACAAUUACAGUGUUGUUGUUGCCUCUGGGUUGAAAUCCCAAUCUAAACGUGCUGUGUCGGCUACACCACCUCGCCCACCAUCCAGGAGGGGGAGGACUAUACCUGAUAAAAUAGGAAGUGCUUCCUCAGGAGCAGAGGCUGCCAACAAAAUAAUUACUGUCCCAGUGUUUCACCUAUUUCACAAACUCUUGGCAGGCCAGCCAUUGCCAGCUGAAAUGACACUUGCCCAGCUUUUAACUCUCCUGUAUGACCGAAAACUUCCUCAAGGUUACCGCUCAAUAGAUCUAACUGUCAAAUUGGGAUCAAGAGUUAUCACAGAUCCAAGUCUGUCAAAAACAGAUUCUUUUAAAAGACUACACCCUGAAAAAGAUCAUGGAGACUUACUUGGUAGCUGUCCAGAAGAUGAGGCUCUCACUCCAAGUGAUGAGUGCAUGGAUGGGAUAUUAGAUGAAUCUUUACUGGAAACCUGCCCCAUUCAGUCACCAUUACAAGUUUUUGCAGGAAUGGGUGGGCUGGCUCUUAUUGCGGAGAGACUACCCAUGUUAUAUCCAGAAGUAAUUCAACAGGUGAGUGCUCCAGUUGUAACAUCUACCACUCAGGAGAAGCCAAAGGAUAGUGAUCAGUUUGAAUGGGUGACAAUUGAACAGUCAGGGGAGUUAGUUUAUGAAGCACCAGAAACAAUUGCAGCGGAACCUCCACCUAUCAAGUCAGCAGUACAGACCAUGUCUCCCAUACCUGCCCAUUCUUUGGCUGCCUUUGGACUGUUUCUUCGUCUUCCGGGAUAUGCCGAAGUGCUACUGAAAGAGAGAAAACAUGCCCAGUGUCUUCUUCGAUUGGUAUUGGGAGUCACAGAUGAUGGAGAAGGAAGUCAUAUUCUGCAAUCUCCAUCAGCCAAUGUGCUUCCAACCCUUCCUUUCCAUGUCCUUCGUAGCUUGUUUAGCAGUACACCUUUGACAACUGACGAUGGUGUGCUUCUAAGGCGGAUGGCACUGGAAAUUGGAGCCCUACACCUCAUUCUUGUCUGUCUCUCUGCUCUGAGCCACCAUGCCCCACGAGUUCCAAACACUAGCCUCAAUCAAGCAGAGCCACAGGUGUCAAGCUCUCAUAACCCUACAUCAACAGAAGAACAACAGCUAUAUUGGGCCAAAGGGACUGGCUUUGGAACAGGGUCUACAGCUUCUGGGUGGGAUGUGGAGCAAGCCUUAACUAAACAAAGGCUGGAAGAGGAACAUGUUACCUGUCUUCUGCAGGUUCUUGCCAGUUACAUAAAUCCUAUGAGUGGUGUGGUAAAUGGAGAAGCUCAGUCAUCUCAUGAGAGUAGAGGACAGAACAGUAAUGCCCUUCCUUCUGUACUUCUAGAGCUUCUUAGUCAGUCCUGCCUCAUCCCAGCUAUGUCAUCUUACCUACGAAAUGAUUCAGUUCUGGACAUGGCAAGACAUGUGCCACUCUAUCGGGCUCUGCUGGAAUUGCUCCGGGCCAUUGCUUCUUGUACAUCCAUGGUGCCCCUGUUGUUGCCUCUUUCUACAGAGAAUGGUGAAGAGGAAGAAGAACAGUCAGAGUGUCAAACUUCUGUUGGUACAUUAUUAGCCAAAAUGAAGACCUGUGUUGAUACCUAUACCAACCGUUUAAGGGCAGUGAUCACAACCAGAUUCAACGUAUGCACAAAGCAGCGGAUACCAUGUUCUCUAAUUGCAGAAUUUACUACUACUGUUAUAGACAAUACAUUUGAAAUGGUUUCUGAAGAUGAAGAUGGGAAAUUGGGUUUUAAAGUAAAUUACCACUACAUAUCUCAGGUGAAAAAUGCAAAUGAUGCAAACAGUGCCGCCAGAGCGCGCCGCCUUGCCCAGGAAGCUGUGACACUUUCAACCUCACUGCCGCUGUCAUCAUCCUCUAGUGUGUUUGUACGCUGUGAUGAGGAGCGACUUGACAUCAUGAAGGUUUGUUUAAGCAUCUUAAAUACGUGGCAUGGAAGACCAGAAGAGAAGUGGAAUCCUCAGACCUCAAGCUUUUUGCAAGUGUUGGUAUCUGUCCAGUCCCUUAUAUUAGUAGCUGAGCCUUAUUUUAAUGAACCAGGAUAUGAACGGUCUAGAGGCACUCCCAGUGGCACGCAGAGUUCUCGAGAAUAUGAUGGAAACAUUCGACAAGCAACGGUUAAAUGGGCAAUGCUAGAACAAAUCAGAAACCCUUCACCAUGUUUUAAAGAGGUUAUACAUAAACAUUUCUACUUGAAAAGAGUUGAGAUCAUGGCCCAAUGUGAGGAGUGGAUUGCAGACAUCCAGCAGUACAGCAGUGAUAAACGGGUCGGCAGGACUAUGUCUCACCAUGCAGCAGCUCUCAAGCGUCACACUGCUCAGCUCCGUGAAGAGCUGCUGAAACUUCCUUGCCCCGAAGGCUUGGACCCUGACACUGAGGAUGCCUCAGAGGUGUGCAGGGCCACAGCAGGUGCUGAGGAGACUCUAAUGCACGAUCAGAUCAAACCCAGCAGCAGCAAAGAACUCCCCAGUGACUUCCAAUUAUGAGCUGCGUUGACGUGGACUUCAUAGACACAAAGGCUUCGAAGCACAAGCCAAAUAUGUCAAUAUUUGUAUGUAAGAAACUAAUUAUGUAAUAGGUAAUGAAACUGAAACUAUACUAUGCCCUUAAGGAGAUCCAGUUUAAUUCAAGGUGAUCUUUUAUUUACCUGUACAAGAGUGUAAACUUUUUUGUGCUUUUAUUUUUCAAUUGUGAGAACCACUGAUUGGUAUGUUCAACAAAUUUGUGUAUACAAAGAAAUGGAUAAAUCACUGAUAUAUAAGGGAAACUACCUUAGGAAAGAAUGUUUACUGAAUGUUUAUUUUUAUUUUAUUUUUUUUUUUUACUGUAGAGUGAGGGGUUGUUAACAAAGAAUAUAUAUUGGUCAUUCUUACAACUACUAUUUAAAGUCAGCAACUUUUCACUGAAUUUGAUAGAUUUUAUGUUUGGCCAUAUCUUCAUGCUCAUAUUUGAUUUCUGAAGACCUCCUACAUACACUUCAAUAAAAGUUAAAUGGACAUA